CCAGAGCAGACAGCUGACAAGAGAUUGCAGUUCCUGUACGCCUCAGGUUUUCCUGUGCUAAAUCGGAGUAUGCUGCUCACCUGGUGCAUGUAUAUUCUUCAGGUGUGCUGGCUGGACCAAGAACAGACUGCAGGAAGGGUCACGCCAAUCAUUUUUACCCAAGGCCAGGUUGUGCUCAACUGCUGUAAAAAUUCUGCAUUCUGCAGCAUUAAAGUGUACCAAAAUACUCUUGAGUUCCACAAUGGCAUAACACAUGAGGUAAGACUGUGGAUAUAUAAUGUCAUCACUCAUCAGGUGCCUGAACACUACACAGUGGUUAUGAGUGCCACCAAGUGGGAACACUUGGAAUCAGACAACAACUUCGUAUUCAGAAUGGAUCAGCCCAUUCCUGUCUACUUUGUGGCACUGGCUGUAGGAGACUUGGUAUAUGCUGAGGUGGGCCCCAGGUUAGCAGCACACACUCAAGAUAAUUUGUAUGAUGUGCUGUUCAUGCCUCCAUCAUUUCCAUUAGGAGGAAUGGAGAAUGCCUGCCUGACCUUUCUCACUCCAUGUAUUUUGGUGUGUAACUGCUCACUUGAUGAUGUCAUCAUCCCUGAGAUCUGCCAUAGCUGGUUUGGAAACUUGGUUAUUAAUGCCAGCUGGGGAGAUUUCUGGCUCAAUGAGGGCUUCACAAUAUAUUCCCAAUGCCGAAUCAGCACAGAGGUAAAUGGGGAGGCCUAUACCUGUCUACAGGCAGCAACAGGUAGAGCUUUACUGAGACAACACAUGGACAACACUAAAGAAGUCCGUCCUCUUAACAAACUACAUGUCACGAUUAAACCAGGUCAGCAAAUAUGUUCUCAUCUUUUCCCCCUGGCAUAUGUGGUCAAGUUUAAGUUUUGCAGUGUGAUUGCUGAGGAUAUUCUCGAGUUCUUCCUAGAUUAUUUCCCUGACCUCAAAAUGAAGAUCCCCCACAAAGCUGAAGGUUUGGACUUUGAUAGCUGGCUGAACAUUCCUGGUUGGCCCCCAUACAUACCAGAUCUCUUUAUGAAGCCAGCUGAUCAACUGGCUGAACUCUAGGGAAACAAAAAUGUAGAUAUUAUUACCAUCUGUAAAACUAACAUCCAGUUGUGUUACACUUAUUAAACUGUCUACUUUUGGGACAAGAUCCUUGAGAAAUCUCCACUUCCUGAUUGUACCACUAAUAUUAACUUUGUUUAGGCCAUAUUUAUAGCUGAUGUAUGCUCUUUUUGAAUUAGACUUGAAUUGAUAUUGGUAUUAAUGACGUGAUGCGUUUCCCGUGUUUACCAUUUUGUUUGUUUAUGUGAGCCAAUCUUGAUUGUUUUGAUUCAAAAGUGUUUGUGACUGUACUGGAGUUGUUGGGAUUUUUCUUUCUGCGUCUUCUUUCUAUUCUGUAUUCUAAAAUAUAGAUUUUGACCAAAAAGUAACAAAAAAGUAAAAACAGACCUGCCUCCCCACCUUGAGCCUCUAUCGGAUUUUCCGCUGGAACAGUCACGUGCUGAUAUGUUAAAGCAUGCAUUCGAGCAGGUGGAGGUAACUGACAGGGAAAUGAUGGGGCAGCUCUUACCUUUCCCCAUUUUGCUAUAAUUAGAGAUUGUUUAUUCUGAGUGAGCCAGGACACUCAGACAGGCGAAACAAUGACCCAGUUGUUGGCACCGAAAAGCUGCAGGGAAAUGCUUUUCCACUUGGCUCCUUAUAACUCCAUGGCAGGGCACCUCGGGUUGGAUAAACCACUAGCCCAAUUAAUGGCUCACUUUUAUUUGCUGGGCAUCAGCGGUGAUGUACGCAGGUGGUGUGUGUCUUGCCACA